UAAAUCUUAACAAUUGUCCCUCAUUUUUUUGUGAGCCCUACUUUGCUGGCGCUGACCUGAUGUAAGGUAAUCUAGAAGGAUGUGACAUCACCAGCCCCAUGAUGUUAUCCCACCUGGCUUGUGUCGUCAUCCACCUUCACUCUGAGACAUCACCUCCGAUUAUCUGGUGACAUCGCAAGUCUGUGACAUUCUUACAUUGUCCCAUGACGUCAUCCUGCCGGACUGGUGACAUCACUUUACCUGCCUUGCCGGUAUCACCCUCACUGGUUUUAAGUCAUCAUUUAAUUGUGCUGUGAUGCCGCCCUGACUGCCUCGUGACCUUGUCCAGCCGACCUCCCUCCUGUCCAGUGGCUGGUGUUCCACGUCCACAGUGUCACAGGUCUUGCCUAGAUGCUGCAGGCGGUGGGGGUCCCCGGAGACUGAGCACGCGCGGCAGGUCCCAUUCCGAGGCUGUGUAGAGGCCCUAGGCCCGGGCGGGGACCGGGGACGGCGGGGGAGGAAGGAGGCGUGUUGGCCGAGGGUCGCCCACUCCUUGAGGGCGCCUGACUCGGUUCCCCUCAUGAAUUUUCCUCUCCGAUUUCCCGCGCCGCCCGCGUUGAGCUCUGCGCCCUACUCCGCCCUGGGCCCAGCUCAACCUGAAGGUGAGCCUCGCGACUCCGCCCAGCCCGGGGGGUCCGCGGCCCGGGCUAGCCGGGAAAGGCCUCUUCCUGGCGCGCCCCUCGGAACGCGGCGGCGAUGGAGGCGGCGCGGUGAUUUUCCCGCCUCGUGCAGGCGGUGCCAGCGGCGGGCGCGGGCGGGGUGUUCCAGCUUCCCUUUGUCGCCCGCGGGCUUGGUGGGCCGGGAGCCGACGCGUGACUGACAGUUGUCGGGGGCGGUGGCCGGGGGCGGGCGGCUCCGCGCGCGGUUGGGGGAGUGAGGGAGGAGCGCAGCCGCUCAUUGGCUGGCGCGAGUGUGGGAAAGAACGCGGAGCCCAGUUCACACACCCCGCGGCCGCUCUUCUUUAAAUAGCCAGGAGGCUGGCUACCCGCGCGGGCCUGACGCCUGGGACCCGCUAGAUAGGGACAGGGGACGCCGCGUGCUCUCCCUCGGCCCUUGGCGGCACGCUCCGCUGGGCCCCGGGAGGCGCGGGGGCGCACCAUGCCUGCAGACACAGCGGGGAAGCCGAGAGCUUCGCCGCUGGCAGGAGCGCCGGCCAGCGCCAGCCGAACCCCAAGCAAGCCCCGGAGCGCGGCUGAGCACCGAAAGUCCUCCAAGCCGAUCAUGGAGAAGAGGCGCCGAGCGCGCAUCAACGAGAGCCUUGCUCAGCUCAAGACCCUCAUCCUGGACGCCCUCAGGAAAGAUAGCUCCCGCCACUCGAAGCUGGAGAAGGCCGACAUCCUGGAGAUGACCGUGAGGCACCUACAAAGUUUGCGGCGCGUGCAGGUGACAGCCGCGCUCAGCGCGGACCCCGCUGUCUUGGGAAAGUACCGCGCCGGCUUCAACGAGUGUCUGGCCGAGGUGAAUCGCUUCCUGGCCAGCUGCGAGGGCGUCCCGGCCGACGUGCGUUUUCGCCUGCUCAGCCACCUGGCGGCCUGUCUGGGCCAGCUGGGGCCCUCGCGCUGCGCGGCCCCACCGCCCCCAGCUGCAGAGGUUCCGGCGCCCGAGGCCUACGUGGGCCGCCAGCCGCUGCAGGCAUUCGAUGGCCCCUUCCCCCUGCUGCGCCCCGGGGCCACCUUCGCGCUGCCGCUCCUGCCUGGCCUGACUCGGGCGCCCCACGCGGCCCCCAGGGCGGGGCCGCAGAGCCCCGGCGUGCCCUGGAGGCCGUGGCUGCGAUGAGACCGCGGCCCUCGGACUGUGGCGGAGGCCGCCCCGUCCUAGGGCCGCGGCCUUUACUGAGACUGUUCCAGGGAAUAUUUAUUUCCAGAGGCCGCGUCGAGAGUUUUGUUUGUUUUUGUCUUUUCUGUGAAGUGUAGUCCUGUAGCGCCUGCGGCUAUGGUCCCUAGCGGUGGGAGGUGGGGGGUGGAGUGUCUGCUGGUCCUGGUGCCUGGUCCCGCCCCUUCCCAGGCCCCGCCCCCGCACCCCGCCCAGCAGGUGCGCCACCGCGUAGGUCCGUCCGCCGGUGGCGUUUGCCAGCACCUGCGCAGGAGCCAGCGACCCGCCUUGAGGUGGGGGUGCGAGGUUCCUCAGGAGGUUCAGGCUGGAAGGUGACAGUAUCCAUUUUUCAGAAUGCAUCCGUAUUGGGAUGCUCUCGUGCAGCCUCACUGGGCAAGUUCUUUUCAAAGCAUCUUUCCACUCCCACUCCUGGGGACCCUAGACGGUGGAGACGUGUCUUUUCACGUUGUUGGCCCCGGGCCGCUGAGCUGUGCUGAGGGGUGAACAUACCCUGAAGCUUCCGUUCUGGACUGGUCCACCUCCUGCUUUGUUCUUACGGUUCGGAACCAGGCCGCCUGUGUUCCCACCCACCCACCCCAGGCCAGCGUCUGCCCUGGAGGGAGGUGCCAGCAGGAGAGGGCAUCAGAGUCUCCAAGGCAGGGGACUGGGGCGAGGCUGGCACAGGGCGCUUUAUGCUGGGGCUCAGGGGUUGCUCUCCCACCAGGGUCCAGUCCUGUGUGGCCGGCCCUGCCCUGGGAGGGGAGAGCCUCCUAGCGGCAAGGGACUGAGAUUUCAUCUGUCCGUGCUUGUCCUGAGUACCUGCUAUGUGUCAGCGCUACCAUACCAGGCAGCAAAACUAGGCGGCAUUGGACAUUGGCCCUGGAGUCACUAUCCUGCAGUCCCAGGUGUCUCCCAGUUGCUGCUGGGGGCUGGGCUCCAGGUGCAAUGAGGGGGGAUGGGAGUUACACAAGCCGAGACUGGAGUGUGUCAUGCUGAGCACCCCUGAAAUCGAGCCAACAUCCGUUUCCCAGCCACCAGACAGGACCCAUCAAGGAGGAGGAGGACACUUCCUAUUGAGUCAUGGAUGAAGCACCUUCUCCUGGCCCGGCCCUGUGUGUGUGGGGCGGUGGGGGGGUUGAGAAUCAGGACUUUCUCCUCCUGGGGGAAGACCUGCUGGUCACUUCCCCUCUAUGGCAGGCGGAGUCCUGUUCAUCUUUGGCCUCCUUCCAGCCCAUUCUGCAAAGACCAAGGGUCAACAAAUGUUUGUGGAAUGCAAGUGCACAGUCAGCUGACCUACCAGCCUCUGUGGGUGUGACAGCCCUGCCAUCUGGGUCCGUCUGUCUGCCUGUGGGGCCAGGGCUUGGAGACCGGACAAUGACAGCAAAUCAUAGGUGUUUGAAAUCUGAAGAAAGAAUUGGUCUCCAUGGUGACAGAAGUCAGCCUGGCCAGGCCCUUGAAACUCAGGGUGGGGUUGGGCCUGCUUGGAGCCCUGGCUUGUGAGGCCUGAGGCUUUGGGUCCCCACCAAAGCUCCUUGGUCGCCAGCAACCUCCUGCCCUCCCCGACACCCUGGCUCCCUGUUGCUGUGCCCACUGCUGUCUCUGCUUCUUUAAGGAGGGGCUCUCCCUGUCAUGGGAUGCAGCCUCGGGCAAGGAGCAGGCCCUGGGCUCCUCCCAGGAGGCCCCCAACAAUGCCUGUCCUGGGAUGCAGCCUUGUGAAUGUACCCAAGUUGCCUGUGUGACCCAUGGGGUUCUGCAGAAUUGAUACAAUGUGUCAUUGAGAUGAGGUUGCUAGGGCAGCCUGCCUCUGUCUGUCCGUCUGUUUCUCUCACAUUCACUCAGGGGGAGACCAGAUGUGCUUUGCUGUGGAGAGGCCAACAUUUGGCCCUGGGGCCUCCGAGUGCGGCUUUCUGAGAGACCCUGAACCAGGCCCACCCAGCAGAGCCUCCUCCCAACUCCUGGCGGUCAGAAACUGAGAUAGUAAAUGUUUGUUGUUUUAAGCUGCUACAUUUUAGGUUAAUUUGUUAUGCAGCAAUAAAUUACAGUAAAUCUUAUGUAAGAUUCAAGAUAAAUAUAAAUAACAAUAGCAAUAAAGAAACAACUA